CCGGCCCCGGCGAGCUGCAGCGCGCCCGGAGCCCGCCCGCGGAGGAGCCCGGACGCCUAGCAGCUUCAAGAACCAGAAAAAAGAGCUCUCAGGAUGCCAGAGCCAGCAAAGUCCACUUCUGCCCCCAAAAAGGGCUCCAAGAAAGCCGUGACAAAGACGCAGAAGAAGGGCGAUAAGAAGCGACACAAGAGCAGGAAAGAGAGCUACUCCAUCUACGUCUACAAGGUGCUAAAGCAGGUCCACCCCGACACCGGCAUCUCCUCCAAGGCCAUGGGCAUCAUGAACUCCUUUGUCAACGACAUCUUUGAGCGCAUCGCGGGUGAGGCCUCACGCCUGGCGCACUACAACAAGCGCUCCACCAUCACCUCGCGGGAGAUCCAGACAGCCGUGCGCCUGCUGCUGCCCGGAGAGCUGGCCAAGCACGCCGUCUCCGAGGGCACCAAGGCCGUCACCAAGUACACCAGCUCCAAGUAGCCCGGCGCUUCUUCUCCGGUGGGCCCAUUGAGCACAGGCACAGGUAGGCAGCUAUGGUUUGGAUGAAGGUCACAGCUAUUCUCCAUGGCGGUGGACAGACUUGGGAUGGGCAUUAGGAGCUGGCUAGUAGAAGAUGAGGCAGCGAACCGGAUGCUGGCUUCUUUUCAUUGUGAAUUCAGGAUGUGCUACGGGUUCUGCACGCUGCACAUCAGGCGACGCUGGUGGAGGAGGCCUCUGCUUUCACAUCUCAUCUGAAGGGACUGGCUGCAGCAUAUCCAAAUUCUCCUUUGUGCUUGAAAAACAUGCAUGUGUGGUGCUGGCCAUGAUGGCUGGCUGCUCCAGAGAUAUUGCCUCUGAAGUCUUCCUGUCUGCUUUCAUACAGUCGUCCAAGAUGGGCACCAAGAAGACUGCACUGCAUCCACUCUGUGAUAGUCAGGAUCCAUCUAUUGUACAGCAAAACAGCCUACCUGUACAGGUCAAGCUGACAUCAGCCACAGCAAUGACCAGGCACAGUCCAUAGACUAAAAUCUGUACUGAUCCAGCAGAGAUCUUGCUUGGCAAUGGUGUGCAAGGCCUCUGUUAAAGAUGCUGUGAUAAUGCCAUGUGCUGUCCCUCCUUGCUGCUCCUGAGGGAGAAGCAAGCAGGCUGGUGGCACAGGCAUGUGUGGCCUUACCCACCAAGAUGCCAGAGCCACCAGCUGGCUCUCAGCUUGUGCCAAAGCAUCUGGACCAAAAAGGGCAAUGGUGGAACCCGGUCAUUGCCUCCUCCAGCUGCUGCUUUGCCAAUUCUGAGACAUACUUCAGUGUGCAAGACAUUGCUAAUGCUGCUUCUUCUUGGAGACUUUUUUCUGCCUGUGUGCUCUCUUCUGCCGUGUUCACUGUAAGGAUGAACAAGUGGGUGCUGUCCAAGGGGACACAUGCCCUAUUAGUGGGCAGCUCACCUUGCCCCUGCCUUCCCUGCUUCGCUCAUUUGCUGGCAAGCGAAACAAAGUCAGGGCUGGGUGAAUAGGUAGGGACUCUUAAAAUAUCACUGCAUCCCACUAGUAUUUCACAAAUUAAAUCAUUCCAAGCUACUUCAGAUAUUCCCCAUGACUUCUCAAGAUCUACAGUAAGGUGAGCAAUAAUAAAAUCCCCAUAAAGCCAUAGAGAUUAGUGGAGGAAUGUCUCAGUUACAAGUUUAGCAUGCCUGAACUGCUGGGUAACAGAUAAGGAGCAUGUGUAGAAAUGGUGUGAAGUUGAAGCUUCCUACUCAGAACACAAAAUUAGCCAACACUGAAAAAAGUCAAAAUUUCUGGUAGGCUUUAGCACUUUCAGAUCAAAAAGAUUCAUGCCUAAAUUGCUUUUUGCAAUUUAUUCUGUAAAUAAAAAGAGAAGCAAGGACACAGCAUCCAGAACUAAUGCAGGUUCUGUCCAAAAUUCAUCGCUAAUAACAGGACAAAUUCCUACCCCUAAAUAACAGUCUUGUGGUACAUCUCUCGUUUUCCACUACUUUUUAUCUCCAUCUUUUUUCUUUUCCCUUUGAGAGUGAUGGGGACCCUUGUUGUGUCGUUUUUGAAGAUGCAGAAUUCUGCAUGUCUGGAAGAUUCAGUCACUUCCUGGCUUAUAAGGAUGUUGCAGAAUCCAGUUGGCCUGAGCAAGGGGCUGUUUGUGGCCGUGCCACUGAGAGUGCCUCAGAAACCUGGGAGUAAGGUGAGCUCCCACAUGGUCACUGUGCAGGAGCUAAGGACAGGUGGCAGCCUACUGCAGCUUGGGGUUUGAGCACCCCACACCCAAAAAUAGGCUCUCCUGCUGUGCUUUGCUCAGUGGCAGGACACUGGAGGGUUUUCAGCCACAUUUCAUACAGUAAUUCCAGCAGGAAUCACUAGCAAUGUCUUUCAGAAAGCACGAGCUGUGUCUCUAGACUCCAGCAUCCACAGCAAGCAGCUCCCAGCAGCAGCAGCUGUAUUUGGCAGCAGAAAUCUGUCGCCAACCUCAACCAUUUCCUCAUGGCACUUUGGAAGAAACAGCUUAGCACCUCCUUUGGUUUUCCAAUUAAAUAGUCAAAAUCAGAUACCAAAGAUGAAAAAGUACCUGCACUGUCGUACCUGCACUAUUGAACCACCGUCACUGCCCCCUCUCCCAGCAGAAGUCAGAAAGCAGGGGUUGCAGGGCAGAAAUAAGGCUGUUUCAAAGAGGAGAAAUGGCAAUUUAAGACUGCAGAAGUACUUGAAGGCUUAAGGGGGUUUUUAUGUUGCUUAACGCCUGGUGGCUGUGACUGAUCAUCUCCAUCCACCUAUAGCUUAGGCUGUCAUUUCACACAUAAUUUGCUCCUCACUCUCCCUUCAUAUCAUUUUCUGUUUGCCCCUGACAACCUGAAGGAGAGGAUUGAGGAACUGAUCUGGGUUAAAAUGAAAUUUUUUUGUUUUUUUUUUUUACUCUUGCAGGGUUCAUUUUAACCCAGUUCUGGUGGCUGCUCUGUUUUGUCACUGUCACACAGACACUUGUGGCAGCAAAGGGAGGGCUGAGCUGGGAGAGGCAAGGCUGCCAUCAGCUGGGACUGACUCAAAAGCAGUUGUGAAGUCAGCGGCCGUAGAGUCAAAGCACAAGUGACAAAAUGAAAGCUGUUUCUCUGCCGUCUGUGCAGGCUCACAAUCACAUCAGUUCAUUGGGAGCUAUUUUGGCUGGGAUGGGCUUGGACUGAGCCUUCUGGCAAUAGGAAACGGUCUGAAAGUGGAAGGAUCAAAGCAGCAAUUGUCCAUUGACAUUGAUGUGGCAUGUUGUACAGGUCCUUGGUAAGGAGGUGUUCUGCAGAAAAGAGGGCUUCCUACUUGUGGGUCUGUGCUUGUUAAAAAGUUUUUUCAGCUCUGGAACUGGUAAGACAAUUUGAAAAUGAAAAUAAUAUGCCUAGUCAUGCUGACCCCACCUGAUUCCUACUGCAGCAACAGAAGCACGCUUCACAGAGACCUAAACCUGCAGAAGAACUGGGCAGCCAUGUGCACGGCCUGGAGGUUUCCUUACACUCCGAACAGAUGGAUCUUCAGUCAAGGAUGGCAAACGAGUGGCAGCAAACAGAGGAGGAGGGUCUGUCUUGGAGGUCACUGUGUGCAACCUGAGACCUUUGUGAACCUGACCUGAGACCACCCUCAGGACAGAGGCAUCCCCAUGUCCCCACCACACCCAGCCAAGCUUGGCAUGGCUUAUGCAUAGCCUGGAGCCCUCCUCCCACCACAGCAUCUCCUGACACAUCCAGAGCAAGCUGUUUACAGGGAAAGGAAGAAUGAGAUAUAAACCAUAAAAAUCAUCUGCUGCUAGGAUUUGGGAAGUUCCCUGGGACCAGCCCCUGGGGAGCAAUCUUUCAUGCUUGCAUCCAUGCAUGGUAUCCUGCGGGCUUGUGUACACAGAGUUUUUCUGACAGUAAGUGUUACAUAAUGUAUGGUCUGUGUUAUAUUACUGUUGUUUUAUGAGAUACAUAGCAGCUGAUUACCUGUUUUCUGUUAAACAUAUAAAUAAAAUGUAAAUGCAGGAUGUAAA